AUGCGCAUACAUGCGUCUAUCGUCAUCAUUCAGUUUGUUCUCCUUCCCGUCCUAUCUCCGGACCCUCUCGCUCACCCAUCGCGCAGAAGCAAAGUAUGCAGUUGGGGUGGUCUAAUGACUGCAGGCGCAGAAGCUAGGGGAGCAGUUGGCAUUGUCAUUUCUGGACGAGAGACCUCGCUGAACAUCGCGCAGCAAAUUUUCCGUCCCCUAUCGUACCUGUCCGCUGUCGAUGUUACCCUCAACAUUCGUCCCAAAGAUGUGGGUGAAGGUCCAGAUGUGUUCGCCUCUGAUGUUGUGACACAAGAGGAUGAAAUCGUUACAGACGAAGAGGUUGUAAUUUGCGUGUCGGUGGAUAGGGUAGAUAAGGUCGUGGAACUUGCUAAGAAGGGGCAGGAGGUUUAUGCUAGGUAUAUGGCUGAUAUAAAAGCUGGAAAGGGCAUCUAA